GUUAUGCUAACUUCCGGUUUGAGAAAUUUUUUUGCUGGUGGAAGAAAAAUUACUGAAAAGGUUACAAAUCCAGGAAGAAAUGCCUAGCAAAAAGAAGAAAUUCAGUGCCCGGUUUCCACCAGCUCGAAUAAAGAAAAUCAUGCAAACUGAUGAAGAUGUGGGCAAGGUGGCAGCUGCAGUACCUGUACUUAUAUCUAGAGCUUUGGAGAAAUUCAUAGAAACUCUAAUAAUGAAAACCAGUGAAACCACAAAAACCAGGAAUGCUAAAACCUUAACAACAUCCCACAUCAAGCAGACCAUUUAUCAAGAGAAGAAGUUUGAUUUUCUAAAGGACCUGGUGGCAAACGUGCCCGACCAUCAAGCAGAGGAGGAUACAGAUUUGAACACUGGAGACAUGACAAAACGACAAAAAACACCCAGACCAAGAAAACAAAGAACAGAAGGUAGAAAGAAAAGAAAAAAGAAUUCAUCAGAAAGCAACUCAGAGGAGGAAGAGAAUGAGAAUGGUUCCAGUACUGAGACAGAUGAAGAGAGCAGUCAGCACACACAGCUGUCCUCAGGCAGUAGCAAUGAACAACACCAGGGAAUUCCCUCGGCCACGUACCCAAAUCCCAUCAACUCGGGAGAGAACCCUGAGGCUAUGAUGUCCUACCCAUCCACCAGCAGUAUGCCCAGCCACCCAGCUUACCCUCCACCAGGUUGCUACCCUCCCCAAGGAUUACCUGGGUUACCCCCACAGGGAAUGCAUAAUCCUUACUCUAUGCAAAUGAAUAAUCACAUGCCACAACAGACACAACCCCUGAAUCUAUGUAACAACCCAUCAUACAGCCCAUCUAUGUACAUGUCAUCUGGAUAUCCCUAUCCCCCUUCAUUAGGAUACCCCUACCCACCUCAUAUGAAUCCUAUGCCUCCACCACACGAAUCCCAUCCAGGCAUGAAUCACUCAUCAGCCCCCAUGCCUGGCCCCUCCCAUCUGCCGGUCUACCCCAAGGCCCCACCCCCAUGUGAUCAAGGACAGAACAUGUCUCAGUCUAGCAUAAAUCCUGUAGCUCCAUCACAUGUAAAACAAACUCCACCCAACUCCGCUGAAGAUGAUGAUUAUGAUGCGUGAAUGGAUUUCUGUGACCUUUCAACAUCAAUUUUAUGCAAAUUGACCCCCAUGGGGAAAGAGAACAAACUCAGGAUCAUUUGUGAGCCAUUUUAUUCCGUUGUCAUCUGAUUACGUGUAUUGAUCUGUUAAAAACAUAAAUUGGUUAGAACUUGUAACUUUGUUUUGUUUUGGAUAAAAUUAUUUGUCACCCUUUGAGAUUGUGUGAUGAACUCAGUAUUUUUCACUGUUUGUUAUGUUGCCUAUAAAAUAUGCUAUAGCUACACAGGUAUAAAUACUGUAUACAGGGAAUUUUUCGCCCCCAUUUCAUUUUCACCCCUAUCGCCCUAAACUUGGACGAAUUGAAAAAGGGGGCAAAUUUAAAGAGUACAGUAUAUUUUCUUUAAUAAAAUUGUGACUGGGCAAAUUUAAAACAGGGCAAAACUGUUUGUAAGUGUGAAAGGGCAAAAAUAAAGUGGUGCGAAAAUAACCCUGUAUAUAUUAUGCUUAUGAUUUCAAAGAAAUGUAAAAUAUACAUGCAUAUUACAUGUACUUUAAAUAUAAUCAUGGGUCAUUAAUGCAGCUUGAACUUGCUUGAAUAUAUUACACCAGAAAAACAAAACAAAUAAAAUAGUAUUCUGUCUAUAUAGAGCUGUCUUAUGUACCAAAAUUUCCAUGGAAUGUAUCUCAUCAUUUACCGGUAAUAUGAAUUUUGCAUUGCUUUAGAAUUUAAGAGAACCAAUGGUUGUAUAUUGUGUAUACCAAGAGUUAUUGAUUUUUAUCAAUAGCAGUUGUGAUAAAUUCUUGUAAUGUACUUAAUCAUAGUCUUUCCAUAAAAAAAGGUGUUUCAGGAAUAAAGUUCUUUACUGAUAAUAUGUGGAUACAAUAUCAAAGGAAAAAAUCACUAUAUACAUUCUUGUUUGAAUGUCUGUACUUUGAUGUGUAAUCAAUAUUGCUUAUCAGUAUGUAUCCAUGCAAGAAAAAAAUAUGGUAGAAAGCCUUUGAAGUUAUACAUGUAAUACUAAAGUAAAGAACAGACUUUUUUAAAGUCAUGAGAUACCUAGAAACAAUGAUUUGAAUUGACAUUUAUUUGCUAUAUGAACAAGAACAAGGCUUUGAGACCUUUUGGAUUACAGACUGUUUCCUAAUAUCACACUGUAUGAAGUCAGUACAUGUACAUGUAUUCCUAAUGUAAAACUAUUGUCUGAUAUUUUUUGACAUGUGAAUGAUUAAAGUGAUUGAACUGAG